AUGAACGAAGCGGUGACGAUCAGUGCGGCGGCCAUGGAAGAGCAACAAGCGAUGGCCGCGACGAUGGCAGUGCAGCAACACCAACUGGAGCACCUCAAGCAGUCGAAGCAACUGUUGCAAAAUGCCAUGUUGGAGCAGUUGGCGGCCGUGCGCAAGCAGUUGCAAAUGGAGCGGAUUGCCCGACUCACAGCCGAGAGUCGCCGCGGCGAUGGAAUGGCUCGAGCUUCCCAACCCGUGUUGAGCAAAGAUGAACUGGACCAACAGACUCUAUUCGCCAGUCAUCGUAAAGGUCCCGACACAAUGGAACCCCGAGACAUUGCAACUCACGUUCCUCGGCCCCAACCACAGCCGCCACUUCCAUCUCUCUCCAAUGCAGCUUCCUCAACGAACGAGAACAUGCCGUCGUGCCCACAUGUCGGUGCCGCGCAUGAUGAUGCCUUGACACUCGUUGACUUGGCUGGAGCAACCGGACCAACCGCACACGACAAGCUGGCCUAA